CUACCCAAAAAUCUCACUUUCAUUUAAGCUCAAAGUUCUCCCCCUCUCUCUCUCUCUCUCUCUCUCUCUCCUUUUCUGUUAUAAAAUAGAUCAAACCCUACUCUAUUCCAUUUCUUUUUACCACAAGCUCUCGCCUUUUAUCUUUUUCUUGCAUCAAGUUUGGAUUUUGAUGAAGAAAUUGUGGUUCUGAGUCAUCUAUAUAUGGAGAGGAAAGAAGUGGUCAAGAUGGAGGAGGGGAUGGGAUCUUCGCCGUUUCUUGAUUAUAUUUCCAGUUCCUACCAAGGGGCGUUUGAUUUGACUGAAGGGGAGAAGAGCGGUUCAUUAGGGUUUAUGGAGCUUCUGGGUUUUCAAGAGUUUAGUCCUGUGUUUGAUGUGGGGCAGGUGGCAUCUACAGCGACAACAUCAGCUCUGAGUCCGGCCGGGGGAAAGAUAGAGUCGCCGGAGGUUUUGAAUCAGCCUGCCACGCCUAACUCUUCCUCUAUUUCGUCAGAAUCAUGUGAGGGUGUGAAUGAUGAGCCGGUCAAAGUUGAAGACCAGGAAGAGGAUCAGCAUAAAACAAAGAAACAGUUGAAACCCAAGAAGACAAAUCAGAAGAGACAGAGAGAGCCAAGAUUUGCGUUCAUGACAAAGAGCGAGGUUGAUCAUUUGGAAGAUGGAUACAGAUGGAGAAAGUACGGCCAAAAAGCGGUAAAAAACAGCCCUUUUCCUAGGAGCUAUUAUCGUUGCACCACUGCAUCAUGUAAUGUGAAGAAAAGGGUCGAGAGAUCUUUCAGUGAUCCAAGCAUUGUUGUCACCACCUAUGAAGGCCAGCACACGCACCCGAGCCCAAUCAUGCCUCGUCCAAGUUUCUGUGGUGGUGCUCAGCUGAUGACCUCGGCAGCCGGAGCUGCCGCAACCUUUGGCAUGCCAAUGCAAGGGACCACUCCACCCUACCAUUUACAUCCCUUCCUCAUCAACAACUUGUCACCUUUGAACCUCCCUCAAAAUGGUUCUAGUUUUCUUCACGAGAGGCGUUUUUGCACUCCUGCCCCGGCGUCAGCCUUGCUUAAGGACCAUGGACUACUUCAGGACAUCAUACCGUCCAAUAUGAUGAAAGAAGAGUAGAUAUAUAAUCAUGGGUAACUCUCUUUACUGACUUUGGUGAAAUGGAGGAGAGAAGAUCAUGUAGAUGGAAAUUAGGGGGGGAAAUUAAACCAUUUAAGUAGUAUAUGUAAUUUUCUUGCUGACAGAGGUGAUGAUUUUUGCCCUCUUUAUACCAACCCUUUAGAUAAAUAUUACUGUAACUUUGGUAUUUUAAUCAAAUGCAAACCGCUGUUUUCUUAUUCAGGUU